AUGCAAAAGGACCAGCACACCAGGGGCUAUGGGAGGCAAAACACAGUUCCUUCCCGACACAACCCCUCAAAAUUUAUCUUCCCGCCACCGUCACUUGGCAAAACACCAGGACAAAAGAUGUCGCAACCAAACUGGCAGGUUGAGGAGAUGAACACUGACUUGCCAAAAGUCUUCAGUUUUCUAGAUUCAAACUUUCAGCAGCCACCAAGAACCAACAACCAACCCUGGGCAAAGGGACCUGAGAACAGUCUGUUCAGCCAGUAUGAGAAGAAAUUGCGCCCCUACAUCGACCUCAUUGACUCCCUGCGGUCUCUGGGUGUGGAGCAGGACCUGGCCCUCCCGGCCAUUGCCGUCAUAGGGGACCAGAGUUCUGGCAAGAGCUCCGUGCUGGAGGCGCUGUCAGGAGUCACCCUGCCCAGAGGCAGCGGCAUCGUGACCAGAUGUCCGCUGGUGCUGAAACUGAAGAAGCAGCAGCAAGAGCAGGUGUGGGCUGGAAGGAUCAGCUAUCGGAAUAUAGAGCAGCAGCUGGAGAAUCCCACCCAAGUGGAGAAGGAGAUCUACAAAGCCCAAAACAUUAUAGCAGGAAGAGGCUUGGGCAUCAGCCACGAGCUCAUCAAUCUGGAGAUCACCUCCCCUGAGGUUCCAGACCUGACCAUCAUUGAUCUUCCUGGCAUUGCCAGGGUGGCGGUGGGUGAUCAGCCCCAGGACAUCGGAGAUAAGAUCAAGGCACUCAUCAUGAAGUACAUCGAGAAGCAGCAGACAAUCAAACUGGUGGUGGUCCCCUGUAAUGUGGACAUUGCCACCACAGAAGCACUGAGAAUGGCUCAGGAGGUGGACCCUGAGGGAGACAGAACCAUAGGGAUCCUGACCAAACCAGAUCUCGUGGACAGGGGCACUGAACAGGUUGUCAUGAAUGUGGUGCGUAACUUCACAUACCCUCUAAAGAAGGGCUACGUGAUCGUCAAGUGCCGAGGCCAGCAGGAGGUCACAGACAAGCUGAGCCUGGCAGAGGCAACCAGCAAAGAAAGGAUGUUCUUUGAAAGACAUUCGUAUUUCAGUGUUCUCCUGGAGGAAAGUUUAGCCACGGUGCCCCAUCUGGCAGAAAGACUCACCGCUGAGCUCAUUUUUCACAUCAAAAAAUCACUCCCACUGCUAGAAAAGCAAAUAAGGGACAGCCACCAGAGGGCAAUCGAGGAACUACGGCGAUGCGGAACUGAGAUCCCUAUGGAGGAAGCCAGCAAGAUGUCCUUUCUGAUUGAGAUGAUCAAGGCAUUUAAUCAGGACAUUGAAAAGCUAGUGGAAGGAGAAGAAGCUGUGUGGGAGAACGAGAACCGCUUGUAUAACAGAGUCAGAGAGGAGUUUAAAACCUGGGUCCCCAUACUUGAAACCAAUAUCCAAAAAGUUAAAAAUUUUACUUAUGAGGAAUUCGAAAAAUAUGAAAAGCAGUAUCGUGGUAAAGAGCUUCUCGGGUUCAAUAGCUACAAGACGUUUGAGAUCAUCGUGCACAAGUACAUCCAGCAGCUGGUGGACCCCGCUCUCAGCAUGCUCCAUAAAGUUGUUGAAAUUGUUCGGCAAGCUUUCAGUGACACUGCCCAAAAAAAUUUUAGUGAAUUUUUCAACCUUAAUCAAGAAGUCCAGAAAAAGAUUGAAGACUUCAAAGUGAUAUAUGCAGAAAAGGCACAAGACAUCAUCCAACUUCAGUUCAAAAUGGAGAAUACGGUUUUUUGUCAAGAUUGCAUUUACAGCCUGAUUCUGAAGAAUACCCGAGAAGAUGUUUUUCAAUCACUGGCGAAUCUUUCAAACAGUAGUCAGUUCAAUUCCUCUGCCUCAAAUAACCAGACUUUAAUGUCAUCAAUUAUUGAAAUAAGUGUCCACCUGCACUCAUAUUUUCAGGAAAUGGCCAGACGUCUCGCCAAUCAGAUUCCAUUCAUAAUUCAGUAUUUUAUGCUCCGAGAAAAUGGCGACUGUUUGCAGAAAAACAUGAUGCAUAUAUUACAGGACAAAGAUCGCUAUUCCUGGUUGCUUCAAGAACAAAGUGAGACUGCCACCAAGAGAAAAUUCCUUAAGGACAGGAUUUCCAGACUCACUAAGGCGCAGCAAACACUCCAUAUAUUCUCCUUGGAAGAAUUUACUGAGGGGUGA